AUGGUCUCCCUGGGAUGCCCGAAGAACACCGUGGACGGUGAGGUCAUGCUCGGCGACCUCUUCGCCAACGGCUUCGACAUCAUCGACGAGCACGAGGAUGCGGACGCAAUCAUCGUGAACACCUGCGGGUUCGUCGAGGACGCCAAGAACGAGAGCGUGGACGCCAUCCUCGCCGCCGCCGCGAUGAAGGCGGAGCAGGAGCAGGGUGGAAAGAAGAAGAAGGUCAUCGUCACCGGAUGCCUGGCGCAGAGGUACGCGGAGGAGCUCGCGGACGAGAUGCCCGAGGUUGACGUGGUCAUGGGGUUCGAAAACUACAAGGACUUGCCGAACACGCUCGGCGAGCAGCUCGGGGUGGAGACGGGCGCGGCGGCGGACGGGGCCAAGCGCGGAAGGGUGCGAGUUGGCACCGCGUCGCCCCCGUUCAGGCCCGAGGCCUUGCGCAAGCGCCUCACCCCGCAGCACUACGCCUACCUCAGGGUCGCGGAGGGUUGCGACCACAAGUGCACGUUUUGCGCCAUCCCGGGGUUCAGGGGGAAGUUCCGGUCCAAGCCGUGGGACCCGAUCAUCGAGGAGGCCAAGGCGCUCGCGGACACCGGCGCCAGGGAGCUGUGCCUCAUCGCGGAGGACACCAACCAGUGGGGAAUGGACCUCAAGGCGAGCGACGGGCGCGGGCUGGCGGAGCUGCUCGAGGCUCUCGCCGUGAUCGACGGCGUCGAGUGGAUCAGGAUCCUCUACGCGUACCCGUCCUACUUCUCCGACCCGCUCAUCGACGCCAUCGCGGACAUCCCCCAGGUGGCCAAGUACAUCGACAUCCCGCUGCAGCACAUCACCAACCUGUCCCUGCUGCGCAUGAACCGGCCGCCCCGACAGCACACGGAGGACUUGCUCUACAAGCUCAGGGAUCGCAUCCCCGGCCUCGCUUUGCGCACCACGUUCAUCAGCGGCUUCCCCGGGGAGACCGAGGAGGAGCACGAGGACCUGAUGAGAUUCUGCAGGGAGUUCAAGUUCGAGCGGCUCGGCGCGUUUGCCUACUCCGAGGAGGACGGGACCCCCGCGGCGACGUACCCGGACCAGGUGGAGCAGGCGGUGAGGGACCUGCGCCGGGACCAGCUCAUCGCCCAGCAGCAGCAGAUCUCCGAGGACUUUGCGGCGUCGCGCGUCGGGCGGGAGGUUGACGUCAUCAUCGACGGGUACAACCCGGAGUUUGACGCGUGGACCGGGCGGACGAGCCUGGAGGCGCCAGACAUCGAUCCCAUCGUCUUCGUGGCGGACCCGACGGGCGGGCAGCGGGCGCUGGAGAUGGGGCAGAUGAGGCGGUGCAAGAUCGUGGGCACCUCGCUGUUCGACCUGGAGGCGAACCUCGUGGACUGA